AUGCCCAAUCGUUACUUGGGUGUUAUUGGUCGCCAUGUGAACGCCGACACAGAAACUGGUUUUGGUGGCGAUUGCAUGGAUCUGACCGUGAAUCCAGCCGCUACUUUGCUCGCUACUGGAUGUCCAGCUACACAAACUAUCUUCUUUUGGCCACUAACCCAAUGGACAAUGAUGGAUCAGACACCGUCAAAGCCAAAAAAGGGUAAACGAUCCGCACAACUGGCCCCAUAUCAACGCGAACACCUGUCCGGUUUGAUAAACGAGACAUCUGAAUUCGGUGUUGAAGAUACAUCUGACACAAACUGCGAUACAGAUUCUGACAGUGAUGAUGACAGCUCUCAAUAA